AAAAUUUAGAUGUAAACUAAGAAAAUUCGGAAAGAAUUGAUUGAGUGAAUGAAGAAAAAACUGAAAGUUGGUCAGCUUUCCAUUUUGAUCACUCAUCAAGCAAUAAUCAAUAAGCAAUAGACAUACAUCAACAUCUUCUUCUUCUUCGUCACUUCCUCUUCCUCUUAUCUUUCUCUCUCUCUCUCUCUUUGACCCCUCUGCGACUUACUUUUUGCACCCCCUCUUUCUCUUUCCCUCUGUAACAUGGGUUCCACCUCUAGUCGACUUGGUUCUCGCUCUUCUUCUUCUUCUACUCAAAGGGUCAACAACAACCAUCGCUUCAGAUUCUCUUCCUUUCUCUGUGGUGCUUCCACCUCUCGCUCCAUUUCUCAGAUGGAAGGACAUCAAUAUGAAGAACUUCAGGUUGAUCCAGCUAGAGAUUUUGAUGAUGAAAUUCAGAAACUCGCUGAUGAGUCGACAUUAUCAGGUGCAGAAGAAGCUAGAUUUAGGUUUUGUGCUCAAGCUGAAAGUUCAACCUCGACCGAUACGGGAACUGGGUUCCGUGAGAAUGCUACUGUUGAAGGUUCUUUUGGAAAUGUUGCUACAAGUAGUCAGAGGAACUGCUUGUCUGAACAAAAGGAGCUAGUCCCUCCUUAUCAGGUAAGUUCUGGUCAUAGCCAUCCUGAAUCAUAUAGUGAUAGCAACAACGCAGCUAGUACUUCAUUUGUUGAACAGAAAUCUUCAGAUCCAGUCUCUCUCUCUGUUAAUGAUUCUGCUAACAAGGAUAGAAUCAAUAAUGUUGAUGAUCCAGUGCUUAGUGGCGUCUCUCGAAUAUCUCAUGAGACCGUGCGUCCAAGGAGCCCAAUCUCUCAAGAGUACGGAAAUUCAAGUUCUGGUGAAAUUUCUGUUGAGAUCAACACAGAUGCUGGCAUAUCUAUCCAUAGUUCUUCCAUUCCUGUUUCUCAAGCUUCUAAUACUCUACCAGCUUCUCAAGUGCCAGAAGAUGGAGCUCGUCACGAAACAUUACCUUCAGGUUUAGGUAUUCUUGUGUCCAACCGGGAAAUAGUACAUGGAAAUGAUGGUCUGUUUCAAGUUGAUGUGGUCGCAAUAUCUUCCAACAUUUUGUCUGGCAGCAAUGGAGAUGCCGAUGAUCAUGACGCCAGAAGGAAUAGUAGAAGAUUAUUUUGGGAUGCUUUUUCACAACGCAGUUCUAGAAGGCUUGGUGAUUCUCCAACCAUCGUUUUCUCUUCUGGAGGCACUGAUGAUUUGGGAUCUCAUGAUCGGUGGCAUGUUGAUUUUGAUGAGGAUUUAUCAAAUUAUGGUGUUGGGGGUGCGUCUGGACAUAGGGGCAGCAGAAUUCACAGAUUGAAUGAAAGAGUGCGAAACUCAAGAUCUGAGAUCUGGGAAAGGCUUCGUGGUGGCCUUGAUGAGAUUGGUCGGUUGAACACUUCAUGUCCAUUAGGACUCCAUGCAGACGGUAUGUGCUCGUGCGAGUCAUUCCCAAUGGCUGAGGAAUCUAGCACUCGAUCAAGUAUUUCAAGAAUAGUCAUGCUGGCUGAAGCUCUUUUUGAGGUUUUAGAUGAAAUCCAUCGGCAACCUGGAUCCCAGUCCCUAUCCACCUCACUCCCUGCACCUGAAUCAGUCGUGGACUCUUUCCCUCUGAAGUCUCACAAAAAGGUUGAUGCAGCUGAUGGAGGCAAUGAUGCUGAACAAUGUUACAUAUGCCUGGCGGAGUAUGAAGAUGGGGACCAAAUACGAGUUCUUCCUUGCAAGCACGAAUAUCACAUGUCGUGUGUCGAUAAGUGGCUGAAGGAAAUACACGGUGUAUGUCCUCUGUGUCGCAGCAAUGUUUGUGGAGGGUUAACAGAGUUGUCAACUGACUCAGAAGUGCAGUCUCGGUGAUAUUGUACAUAUGAAUGUAAAUAGUUCAAAUUUAGGUUAAAUUUCCAUUUUCGUCGUUUACAUAUUUACAUGUACACUUCACAUCAAUUUGUUCCUCCAGAAAUUAGUAUCAUCAAAAUGGUUCAUUUUGAUAAUCACAGAGAACUUGACAGAUCAUCUUGAUUUCACUUUAAAAUUAGUUGAAAGACUAAUUGAUAUGAGAAAUCUUGAAAGAUUAAAUUGAUGUGAAGUGUAUGCUGAAUAACCAUAAGUGAUAAAUCCAUCCGACCCUUUGGCAAAUGAUAGUUGCUAAAUAGCUAAUGAAGGAGGUGAAAUUUUAUAUCUGAAUUUUGCGAGGUUUCUUGUAUUCCUUUUUCCAUGUUUAUUAUAUCCCCGACAAGCUAAUUAACAA